AUGUCCCUCUUCCUCGCAUGUCCCUCUUCCUCGCAUGUCCCUCUUCCUCGCAUGUCCCUCUUCCUCGCAUGUCCCUCUUCCUCGCAUGUCCCUCUUCCUCGCAUGUCCCUCUUCCUCGCAUGUCCCUCUUCCUCGCAUGUCCCUCUUCCUCGCAUGUCCCUCUUCCUCGCAUGUCCCUCUUCCUCGCAUGUCCCUCUUCCUCGCAUGUCCCUCUUCCUCGCAUGUCCCUCUUCCUCGCAUGUCCCUCUUCCUCGCAUGUCCCUCUUCCUCGCAUGUCCCUCUUCCUCGCAUGUCCCUCUUCCUCGCAUGUCCCUCUUCCUCGCAUGUCCCUCUUCCUCGCAUGUCCCUCUUCCUCGCAUGUCCCUCUUCCUCGCAUGUCCCUCUUCCUCGCAUGUCCCUCUUCCUCGCAUGUCCCUCUUCCUCGCAUGUCCCUCUUCCUCGCAUGUCCCUCUUCCUCGCAUGUCCCUCUUCCUCGCAUGUCCCUCUUCCUCGCAUGUCCCUCUUCCUCGCAUGUCCCUCUUCCUCGCAUGUCCCUCUUCCUCGCAUGUCCCUCUUCCUCGCAUGUCCCUCUUCCUCGCAUGUCCCUCUUCCUCGCAUGUCCCUCUUCCUCGCAUGUCCCUCUUCCUCGCAUGUCCCUCUUCCUCGCAUGUCCCUCUUCCUCGCAUGUCCCUCUUCCUCGCAUGUCCCUCUUCCUCGCAUGUCCCUCUUCCUCGCAUGUCCCUCUUCCUCGCAUGUCCCUCUUCCUCGCAUGUCCCUCUUCCUCGCAUGUCCCUCUUCCUCGCAUGUCCCUCUUCCUCGCAUGUCCCUCUUCCUCGCAUGUCCCUCUUCCUCGCAUGUCCCUCUUCCUCGCAUGUCCCUCUUCCUCGCAUGUCCCUCUUCCUCGCAUGUCCCUCUUCCUCGCAUGUCCCUCUUCCUCGCAUGUCCCUCUUCCUCGCAUGUCCCUCUUCCUCGCAUGUCCCUCUUCCUCGCAUGUCCCUCUUCCUCGCAUGUCCCUCUUCCUCGCAUGUCCCUCUUCCUCGCAUGUCCCUCUUCCUCGCAUGUCCCUCUUCCUCGCAUGUCCCUCUUCCUCGCAUGUCCCUCUUCCUCGCAUGUCCCUCUUCCUCGCAUGUCCCUCUUCCUCGCAUGUCCCUCUUCCUCGCAUGUCCCUCUUCCUCGCAUGUCCCUCUUCCUCGCAUGUCCCUCUUCCUCGCAUGUCCCUCUUCCUCGCAUGUCCCUCUUCCUCGCAUGUCCCUCUUCCUCGCAUGUCCCUCUUCCUCGCAUGUCCCUCUUCCUCGCAUGUCCCUCUUCCUCGCAUGUCCCUCUUCCUCGCAUGUCCCUCUUCCUCGCAUGUCCCUCUUCCUCGCAUGUCCCUCUUCCUCGCAUGUCCCUCUUCCUCGCAUGUCCCUCUUCCUCGCAUGUCCCUCUUCCUCGCAUGUCCCUCUUCCUCGCAUGUCCCUCUUCCUCGCAUGUCCCUCUUCCUCGCAUGUCCCUCUUCCUCGCAUCCCUCCAACAGGCUAUCUCCUCGCCAUUGGCAAGACCAUCACAACCUCCUGCUGCUUGCUGUCAUUGCUCCCCUCACACCUUGACUCACCACUUCAUGUCAUCUCUCUCUUCCCCUCUCCUUCUCCCUGCCCCAUCUCCCUCACAGGCUAUCUCCUUGCCACUGGCAAGACCGUCUACAAGCUCGUGCUGCUCUCACCCGCAUUGCUCCCCCACACCUGGACUCACCCCUUUUCCUGUUUCCUGUGCCUCUCUUCUCCUCCCUGCAUCUCCCUCGCAGGCUAUCUCCUCGCCACCGGCAAGACCGUCUAUGGGCUUGUGCUGCUCGGCCUCAUUCCUCCCCAUCGUUUGACUGGCCCCUUCACCUGCUAUCUCCUCGCCACCGGCAAGACCGUUUAUGGGCUUGUGCUACUUGGCCUUAUUGCUCCCCAAAUCUUCUUCCAGAACGACGUCAAGUACCAGGCUAGCACACAGCCCUUCUUGGUGUUCGGCCUGCUCUGCACAGCUCUGGCUAUCGGCAACCAAUAG